CAUUUGGGAAGUGUCCUGAGAAGAACCAAGCCAAAGGCUCAUUUAAUUCAGUAUUGUGUCCUCACAGCGCCCAGCCAGAUGCCAACACAAGCAGGACCUGGGUGCAACAGCACUCUGAUUACAGAGACAAGGUCCUUUUCUAACCAUACUGCUAAUGAGACACGAAGUGACACUGCCAGAGAUGAAGUCAUCAUCACCAUUGUGACCUUUGCUUCUACGCCUGUCCUCAUUUUGGGAUUAAUCAGCAACGGAGCCAUUUUCCGGUUUCUCUGUUGUUGUGGAAACAAACGGAAUACAUACACCGUAUAUAUACUGAACCUGGCCAUUGCAGAUUUCACAGUACUCAUCGCUUACACGAUGUACAUUGUUUUCAGUAUGAUUAUAUGGGGGGAACUCACUUUUGAGAACUACCUAUAUCAUGUAAUUGAUAUCUUGGCUCUUUUUGGCUACAACACCAGUUUUUUCCUACUAACAGUCAUUAGCAUCGAGAGGUGUCUUGGUGCUUUUUACCCAUUCUGGUACCAUAGUAAUCGGCCAGAACAUCUCUCAGCUGUAUUAUGUGCUCUUCUAUGGAUCUUCUCCUGUGUGGUGACUGGUGUAGAAUAUUUCACCUGCUGGGAAGCUUAUUUUUCAUCUGAAGGACCAUGUUACAGAACGCAUGCCAUAGCGAAUAUAUUCCUUCUCACAAUUUUUGUGGUUUUUAUUCCAAUAAUAGUCCUUUGCAGUCUGAGCCUGUUGGUCAAAGUAUGGCGAAGGUCUUCAGCACGGCUUUCCCUUACCAUUGUUAUCACAGUUGUCCUCUUCCUCAUCUUUGCAUUGCCACUCAGGAUCUCAGCCUUUGUACCAAACACGGUAGUAUACUGGCAUCCAGAAAAAGAACUCAACGGGGCUUUCCUUAAUAUUUCUUGCAUUCUUAAUGUAAUCAACGGCAGUAUUAAUCCUUUCGUGUACUUCCUUGUUGGAAGACGAAAACAGCUGAAGUCUCGGGAGACAUUCUCUGCUGUGUUUCAUCGAUCCUGGAAGGAUGAGACAGAAGAGGUAGUGGCACAACAAACACAUGUUCAGUGA